AUGGACCUGCUGCAUGCGAAGAGCCAGGUUGUACAGACCUUCAGGGAGGCAUCGAUCAUUGCCCUGAUGGAAACCUGGCUGGACGGGACCACCACGGACUCUGAGGUCAGUCUCGAUGGCUUGUGUGCCAAGAGCCAGGUUGUACAUACCUUCAAGGAGGCAUUGAUCAUCGCCCUGAUGGAAACCUGGCUGGACGGGACCACCACAGACUCUGAGGUCAGUCUCGAUGGCUUUUACCACCCUGCGGGCUGA